AUGGAUGACUGUGUCUCACUAGACGAUGUGGCUGUAGAGUUUGCUGAGGAGAUCGAAGAGGACGCUGACUCUAUUAGCGGAUUCCAGCUAGCUGGUUUCAGAAGAAGCUUCCGUCUGAGCAAGAGGGAAAAGAAGACCAACAAGACCAUGUACGAAUGUAAAAAAAGCGAAAUGUACGACAUGGCUGACGUGCCCACGUACGAAGAGGUCACCCAGUACCGCAGGCAGAGCGGGGCUAAGCACAGGCUGGUGAUCCUAGUAGGACCCACAGGAGUUGGCUUGAAUGAGCUAAAGCGGAAACUGCUGAUCUCAGACCCCCAGCACUUCAGUGUGACCAUCCCACACACCAGUCGGGCCAAGAAGAACCAGGAGAGCGACGGCGUGGAGUACCACUUCAUCUCCAAACAUCUCUUUGACACGGAUAUACAAAAUAACAAGUUCAUCGAGUAUGGCGAGUUCAAAGGGAACUACUACGGGACAGGCCUUGACUCGAUACGAUCCGUCCUGUCCAAGAACAAAGUGUGCCUAUUGGAUGUGCAGCCCCAUACCAUAAAACACCUGCGGACGGCGGAGUUCAAACCCUUUGUGGUGUUUGUGAAGCCUCCGAGGAUCGAGAGAUUGAAGGAGACCAGACAAAGCGCAAAAAUGAUAUCAGGCAAGGACGACAAAGGAACUGCCAAGUCAUUCACGCUGCAGAUUGUGACCAAUUCUUGA